AUGUCCAACGUAAUCGUCGUCGACUCGACAUUAAAGAGGACGCAGAUUAAGGUCACGCCGGGGAGAUAUCUGAGGGAGGUGUUGGAGGAGGCGUGCAAGAGUCGACGGCUGAAUCCGGAGAAUUAUACUCUCAAGACUGCCAAUGAUAAGCCUGUGGAUCUGUCACAACCCUUUCGCUUAUCCGGGCUUACGGCAGGCGCGAAAUUACAGCUUACACAAGCCAGUCGGAGUCCCGGCGUCCUGCUACGGAAAUUCGAGGAGGGCGUCGCUGGAUCUGGACAGAAGCUGAAUCUCACACAAAGGGCUGCGCCGAGUAAUAGCUCCAGUGGAGCUGGCAGACUACUGUACGAGCAGCCUUGUCUGAAUCUUAUGGGGAGGAGUGUAGAAGGCUUUGCGGAUUUGCAGAAGACGCUGGGGCAGUUGGGAUUCAAUGGUGGGACUGUGCUUGUUCGGCUGGCUUUUAAAAGUAGUGGGCAGCCCCUUGAGGAAGCUAUGACAGAGAUCAGUAGGCAUUUUGCUGCGGUUGGUGGCGCGAGUGAGGGAAGCGGGGCUGCUUUGGCGAACGCUGGCGAUAGCAAGGCGAAUACCAACAGCAGUGCUGUAAGCGAUGAGACUAUGGCCGAAGGUCCCACAGAAACGCAGAGAGUUUCCGUACGAACGCCAGGGGAUGAUAUACCCAACACCAUGGACGGCACAUCAGAUUCAGUACCCGAAGAUACCACUUCAACAUCAACGUCACAACCUCAGCCCUCACAAACCGGAGAAUCAUCAAGUACGACGAACGGCAUCUCAGUCUACCGACCACCCUCAAACAGCACACCUGCCGCUGCCCUGGCACCGGACGACCCAUCUGUGUUCGAACCAAGCAUAGACCAAGCCAAAGCUCUACAAGCCUCCCUACAGACUCGUGGCACGAACACACGACUAAAAUCAGACAAAGAAUUGGCCGAAGAGGAAAGCGCCAGGCAACAGCAACUAGCCACCGUGCGGAGUGUGAUUGUGCGAGUGCAAUACCCCGAUCAGCAUCAGAUCGAGCUGACUGUCUCCGCCUCUGAAACAGCGGAAGGAUUAUACACCCGAAUCCAAGAGACGCUGCAAGCACCCGACGAACCCUUUGACCUACGCUUCACAGGCGCCAAAGGCCAACAAGAAAACCUCCCCACCUCGCCCUCAAAACGUCUAGUCCAAGAUCUAGGCUUCCGCGGCCGCGUCCUGGUGCGUCUCGCACCUAAUGCAAGAUCCUCGGCGAAAUCAAAGCAGAAUCUCGUCCUCAAGCCGGAGCUCAUGGCGGGAGCGAAGGAGUUGAAGGUCGAGCUUGCGUCGCAGCAGGCGCAGGGUCAGGCGGCGCAUAAGGAGGCUAUGGGUAAGCAGGAUGAUGGGAAGAAAGACGUUGGGAAGGGCAAGGGGAAGGCAGCGGGCGAUGUUGAGGCGAAGAUGAAGAAGUUUUUGGGGUUUGGGAAGAAGUGA